GCGCAUGCGCGCACUGUCAUGCGGGUGACCAGCAGACAGGCAGCACCGGGCGGCGCUGCUCCCGGUCAUCAGGUACGGUGGAACGGCAGCAAUGUGUCGCUAACCGGCUCCCUUCUGCUGUGAAGCUGUGCGCGUGGACCGUAUGACGUAAGAGCCUUAGAGGAAACAUGACAGCGAACGAAGAUCAGGAGAUGGAGCUGGAAGCUCUUCGCUCCAUUUAUGAGGGGGACGAUUGCUUCAAGGAGAUCAGCCCAGUUUCCUUCCAGUUCAGGGUUGGAGACCUGGAGGACACCAAAGCGUUCAUCCUGGACGUCUCAUGGCCGGCUACGUAUCCAGAGACGGCUCCUCAGAUCUGCCUCGACGCUUUUUUCAACAACAGGAUCUCCGCAGAGACGAAGCAGCUCAUCCUGUCGAAGCUGGAGGAGCAGGUGGAAGUGAACCUGGGCUCUGCCAUGAUGUAUACGCUGUUUGAAUGGGCAAAGGAGAACCAGGAGGCCCUCAUGGAGAACCACAGGCCCGUGGUGACAGCUGUGACACUGACAUCAAACACUGAGGCGACGGCGCCCUCUGCUGCAAAGAAGAGGGAGAAGAAGGAGCAACUGACCAAAGCUCAGAAAAGAAGGAUGAUUAACAGAACAGACCAUAAAGGGGAGCUGCCCAGAGGCUGGAACUGGGUUGACGUGAUUAAGCAUCUGAGUAAAACGGGAGGAAAGGACGACGACUAAAGCAGAAUACGGAGCUACAUUGGGGCCAUAAAUUUUGUUUUACUUUUAAUUGAGCAUUUUGUUUUAAGUCCAAAUAUAUAAAGAUAGAGACAAUGCUUUUAAGACAUUUAAAGUUUCUAACAGGGAAUGUCUUGUCGAGGCCUCUACACACAUCAUCUAAGCCCCGCCCACCACACAAAGGGCCAGCAACGUAAAAAUGGGGAAGAAAAAAAACCAGCUUGAACCUGAAUAUGUUAAACUUUUCUUUUUCAUUUCCAAAUAUUUUUUUCAGUCAUUCAUUUUUUUAUUAUUUUUUUCACCCCAAAAAAAUUUUGUGAUCAAAAUUUAUAGCCUUAAUUUAGCUCCAUAGGAGAAGCUAGUGCUCCCACAUCGAUGCCCCUGGUCAGCCGGAGUAACGCGGGACAGUGAACGCGCCGCACGGCCGCCGUCUGUGGCCGCCGUCUGUGGCCGCCGUCCGUGGCCGUCCCUCCUCCAUCCAGCUGCGGUUUUAUCUGCUCAGACCUGCCGUGUUUUCAGCCCAUCAGGACUUUAGCGUUGCCUCUAACCCAGUGUACUGCUGUUACUUUAAGGUGCUGUGACUGUAAAAAAAUGCAACAAAUUCAACCCUUAAUUUUCCUAUUUGACUUUAAAUUUUCUCAAUUCAUUGUAAAGGUUUGUAUGUAAAUAAACUAACAUUUUGUCAACUUCU